CUGGCCACGAUGGUCGCCUACCCGAUGACUGACGACCGCGCCGACCUACCGACGCCAGCAUCAGCCGAACGGUGCGAUCUCCCCAUGUACAUCAAGCUGGGGAGACGCUACAACCCUACUUCAGAGCCGGCUGCAUUCGCGAUCUCGUUCUGCCAGGGGGGCGUCGCCAACGAGGCUAUCGACAAGAUCGGCGAGCUGGCCGAGGAGCGAGACAUGCCCCGCGCCGCCGACGCCAUCAGCAGGGACCUGUUCCACUUCUCGCCCCGACGCCUGGUCGGGGGGAAGCGCCCAAGGCUGGUCGCUGCCGCUGACGCUGCGCAGCGGAUGCCGGCACCAACCCGCAUCAUGAUCGCCGACGGCAGCAUCCAGACAACGGGCAACGACAUCGACGACACGGAGCGCCCGCCGUUGAUAGCCGACAUCGAUGCGAACCACGACGACAGCGGA